AUGGCGGCCCCUUCCGCUCAAGCCCGCGUCACGAUCCAAGACGCGUUCGAGCGGUUUGCAUCCACCGUCACGUCCGACGACCAACGACAAUUCCAUGUCACGCAGCUCAAAGAUGUCCGAGAGGCAGCGAUACAGAUCGAGCAAGAGCUCCGCGGUCGGCGGAUGCAAAGGAAUAUGGCUCGGCUGGAUCCAUUCCUUCGGGGAAUGGAGCAUUACUCCAAGGUAGUUGAGGUGCUGUGCAACGGCACGCCUUUUCUACCUUGGGUCUGGGCACCAGUAAAGAUGAUGCUUAUGAUCACGGCCGAUUCUAUCAGUGCCUUCGAAAAGUUGAUAGAAGCCUACGGCAAAAUUGGGGACAUAGUCUCUCGCCUUGAUCGUCUUGGCGUUGCACUUGUCAACGAUCACAACUUUCAGAACGUGCUAGCCCUAGUAUAUUCUGACAUUGUAGAGUUUCAUCGUCGAGCUUACAAGUUUGUGAAGAGGAAAUCAUGGUCUAUAUUCUUCGGUUCCACGUGGGCUGGCUUUGAAUCACGAUUCAAUGGGAUACUGCAGAGUCUGGCGUAUCACAGCGAGCUAGCCGACAAGGAGGCUGCUGCAGCGGACAUCGCUGAAUCCAUCCGACGUGGCAAAGCCGACAAUGACAAAUGGGAGCAACAAGAGCGCGAGUGGGCUGCAGUCAAGGUUCAAACAGUCCUCGCGUGGUUGGGAACGACCGAUGUUCUCCCAGCCGAAUCUCUCGACCGGCGCAUCCAACAUUACUUGCCAGGCAGCUGCGAUUGGUUCAUACAACACGAAGCCACUGAGCAGUGGCUGGGAGAUAGCGCAAAGAAUCCCUUUUUUUGGCUUUGCGGAAAACCCGGGGCAGGUAUGUCAAAGUACCGCCGUGGCUACUCACUUGCUGACCUCUGUGAAGGGAAGUCUACCAUAUGUUCUGUGCUUGUGCAACACACCGAGGCGAACGCCAUCCAUGUUAUCUACUACUUUUGUAGUUUUCUUGGAAGCCAAUCCGAUGGUCUAAGCCGUCUCCUGCGAUCCCUUAUCUCGCAAGUGAUUCAAAAACACCAGGAUCUCGCCACCUACGUCCAUGAUGUCUACUUCAAAUCACACCCAGUACCCACGAAGAAAGCAUUACUGACUCUUCUUACUGAACUUCUUCAAGGGUUGGGAUCCGUGCGGCUUAUCGUAGACGGCAUCGAUGAAUGGGCUGAACGAGAUCAAACGGAGCUUCUCAAGGAUCUUUCGCAGAUGAUAUCAACCGACCAGUCCUCCCAUGUCUGCAAGAUCAUGAUCGCCAGUCGAGAGACUAUGGUCAUUUCGCGACGCAAGAAGGACAAAUCGUCAAUAAUGAUAUCCCUCAGCAAGGGCGACGAGAGUUCUGCCGUCACUAAUGCGAUUGCCAAUUUUGUCGAUAAAAGACUUUCCGAUCUUCCUGAGCACUUGGAAGAGCUUGACCCUGAUUCCUCGAUUAUGGCUCAUGUCAAGAAGACUCUGCUUGAGAAGUCUCAAGGGAUGUUUCUCUGGGUGAACCUCGUGCUGGAAUCACUCAAAACGGUGUAUACCCCUGAGGUGCUACGUACAAUCGUUGACAAUCUUCCUCCUGAUCUAGAGGACCUUUACGAGCACAUCGUGACACGUCUCUGCCGUGUUCCAGGCACCCAGAUUUAUGGAGGCGUUCCGCGUAUCAUGAGCUGGAUCUGUUUCGCACGAAGGCCUUUGCACAAGUCGGAGCUACUGCACGCCAUAUCUAUGUUUCCAGACGACAUGAGCCCCCAGAUGCGAAGUAUACCUGUCGCCUCUAUACUUCACCACUUUCACUUCUCGGUGACAGAAUAUUUCCUAAAGGCUCCAACCUCCCGAAUUGUUCCAGCAGUCGAUGCUGCACUAGACACAUCGUCCGCCUGCGCCAUCGUCAUUGCGCGCGGUCUGGAACUCACCAACUCACCGGGCGAAAUCAACCAUAGCCAGGCCGAUGAACCCCUCAGACACUUUUUCAAUAUGCCCAUCUACGGAUUGAUGGCCGACGUACUGGAGUUCAGGCGAUUAGUCGGCCAGCUCGAUGGCGACAACAGUUCAGUUGAUGAGGAGGCUCAGCCUGUUCCUCCUUCCGACCAAGCCAUAGACAACGGGGGUCCUCCUUUUGCCGAUCACUAG